GCUGGGGGCUGGAGCUCAGGAAACCUGAGAUCGGGACCUGAGGCAAAAUCAAGAGUCUUGAUGUUCAACUCACUGAGCCACCCAGGCGCCCCUCCCUGCUAUUGUUUGGCAGAGAUAGGUUCAUUCACAUGGUUGUAUAUUAUUCCAUUGUGUAACACUGUCAGUUUGUCCUUUCUGCUCUGGGUGCUUGGAUGGUUUCCACUUUGGGGCUAUUACAGGUCAGCGCUGCUGUGAACUUGUAUGCGCUUCUGGGUCCCAGCAGACACUGCCGAACAGUUGUCUAGUGACUGUGCUAGUUUAAUCUCCUACCAGCAGUGUCCGAGAGUCCCGUCUGCGCUGUCCUUUUCAUAUCUUAGCUAUUCCGGUCUGUGUAGUAUUAAUCUUGACUUGUAACCUGCGCUUCGGUGCUAAUGAGGACUUUAUGUUCAUUAGCCGUUUGUUUUCUCUUGUGAGGCUCCUGUUUAAGUGUUUUCCCACUUUCCUGCUGGGUUGGAUAUCUUAUUUAUGUAUUUUUAGUUAAUAGACUUUGCUUUUUAUAGCAGUUUCAGGCUUACGUUAAAUUGAGCAGAGUACCUAGUUCCUUUAUACUUCUUAUCAUCCCCCUCCCCAAUCCUCCCCCCCCCCCCCAGGAUUUCCCCUCUUAUUCUCAUCUUGUAAUAGUGUUAUAUUUGUAACAAUGGAUCAGUUUUGUAGUAAAGUCCCUAGUUUACAUUAGGGUUCACUGUCUCCAUCGUUCUGCCUGCUCUCAAGUGGGAAUCCUACCGUACAGAGCUUCGGACUGCCCUCUUUCACUAAGCGAUAUGCAAUUAAGAUUCCCUCACAUCUCUUCAUGGCUUGACAGCUCAUUUCUUUUUAUUGUUGAAUAAUAUCCCAUUGUCUGGAUGUGCCACAGUCCGUUUAUUUACAUCUUGAAGGAUAUCUUGGUUGCUUCCGGUUUUGGGCAGUUGCGACUUGCUAUAAACGUUUGUGCGCCGGGUUUUUUGUGCGGACAUAAGUUUCCAGCUCGUGUGGGUAAACACUGUGCUGGAUGGUGUGGGGAGACUGUGUUUCGCUCUGCAAGAGAUCGCCGCCCUCUUCCAAAGUGGCUGUGCCAUUGUGCAUUCUCACCAGCAGAGAACGGGAGUUUCUGUUGCUUCACAUCCUCGUUAGCAUCUGGUAUUGAUUUGUUUAGACUUUAGCCCUUCUCCUGGGUGUACGGUGGUGUGUCAUUGUUUGAAUCCGCACUUCCCUUCUGAGAUACAGUGUAAACCAUCUUUUUGUAUGCUUGCUUGACUUCUGUCUAUUUUUGGUGAAGGGUUGUGUGUCUUUUCAUUAUUGGCUUAUAGGAGUUCUUUGUAUAUACCGUGGAGGAGUUCUUUUACUUUGCCCUUCGCUCUUCUAAGGAUAUCUUUCCAUGAAAGAAAUUCCCAAUCUUAAUAUUGUCUAACAUCAGUUCUUUCACGUUUAGUACUUUUGGGACCUGUGUAGGGAAUUUUUGACAGUCGUAAGAUCAUGGAGACCUUUCCUUAGGUGUUCCAUCUAGAUGCUUCAUUGUUCUGCUUCUCACCUGUAGAUUGACAAUUCUUCGUCUACUAUUUAAGGGCAUUUGCAUUGUUUUUAGCUGCCGGCUGUCAUAGUAAUGCUUCUGUAAGCAUUUCUAAACACGUGGUUUGAUUUUUUUAAGAGAGGGAGAGCACGUGUGGGAGAGGGGCAAAGGGAGAGAGAGAAUUUUAAGCAGACUCCACACCCAGGGCAGAGCCCAGUGCGGGGCUCCAUCUCAGGACCAUGAGAUCGUGACCUGAGCUGAAAUCAGUUAGAUGCUCAACCGACUGAGCCACCCACGUGCCCCUAAACAUGUUUUUGGUCCACGUAUGUGCAGGUUUCUGUGGGGCUAUACCUGGGAGCUGAAUUGCUGGGUUCAGGGUUUAUGUGCGUUCAGCUUUGGUCAAUGCUGCCAGAUGGUUUUUGAGUGAUUGUAGUGAUUUUUAACUCUUUCUCAUGGUACAUGCGAUUUCCAGUUGCUUCAUAUUUCAUCAAUCCUUGUUUUCGUCUGUCUUUUUAAUUCUGGCCUUCCUAGUAGAUGUGCAUUUUGCUUUUCUGGAGAAGUAUUUUUUGUUUCCUAUUUAUUAUAACUUGGAUUUCCACAACCACCCUGUAAAUUCCCUGUAAGGAAACCAGCCUCAUCUUUGGAGGAAGAAUUGAGCCAAGCGACGGAUUAUCUGGUUUGCGGAGACCUUACUGACCACCUGGCAGGACGGACACUCAGAAGUCUCGUGACUGCUAGGCCUGUUUUCAUCACCGUCUCUCUAAUCUGUGACCAACGACCCAAACUUUAAGCUAUAGAUACCCGUUUUUAAAGAUAGAAAAUACUCUCAUGUUUGUAGCUGUUGACCUGAGUGGUGUCGAGAAGCGUAUCGUGAGGCCCAGGGCUCAUCCGGAGGGAGCACCGCCGGCCUCUGUCCGUCUGACCGAUGGAGUUUUAACAUUGAAUGCGGAGAACACUAAUUAUGCCUAUCAAGUUCCAAACUUCCAUAAGUGUGAAAUCUGUCUGCUAUCUUUUCCAAAAGAGUCCCAGUUUCAACGCCACAUGAGGGAUCACGAGCGAAAUGACAAGCCACAUCGAUGUGACCAGUGCCCCCAAACAUUUAAUGUUGAAUUCAACCUGACACUUCAUAAAUGCACCCACAAUGGGGAAGACCCUACCUGUCCUGUGUGUAACAAGAAGUUCUCCAGAGUGGCUAGUCUCAAAGCGCAUAUUAUGCUGCAUGAAAAGGAAGAGAACCUCAUCUGCUCGGAGUGUGGGGAUGAGUUCACCCUGCAGAGCCAGCUGGCCAUCCACAUGGAGGAGCACCGCCAGGAGCUGGCCGGGAGCCGCGUGCACACCUGUAAGGCCUGUAGGAAGGAGUUCGAGACGUCAUCACAGCUGAAGGAGCACAUGAAGACUCAUUAUAAAAUUAGGGUGUCAAGUACAAGGUCUUACAAUCGGAACAUCGACAGGAGUGGAUUCACGUACUCGUGCCCACACUGUGGAAAGACGUUUCAAAAGCCAAGUCAGUUAACUCGGCAUAUUAGGAUACACACAGGUGAAAGGCCGUUUAAAUGCAGUGAAUGCGGGAAGGCUUUCAACCAGAAGGGGGCGUUGCAGACGCACAUGAUCAAGCACACAGGUGAAAAACCCCACGCCUGUGCCUUCUGUCCUGCCGCCUUUUCUCAGAAAGGGAAUCUGCAGUCACACGUGCAGAGAGUUCACUCGGAGGUCAAGAAUGGCCCUACCUAUAAUUGUACAGAAUGUAGUUGUGUAUUUAAAAGUUUGGGUAGCUUGAACACUCAUAUCAGCAAGAUGCAUAUGGGCGGACCACAGAAUCCAGCAAGUUCUGCAGAGACGGCGCAUGUGUUAACGGCCACACUGUUUCAGACGUUACCUCUCCAGCAGACGGAAGUCCACGUCACGUCCGCGUCGAGUCAGCAGAAUUCCCAGGCGGUGACCGAUGUCAUCCAGCAGCUCCUGGAGCUGUCCGAGCCGGGGCCGGCUGAGUCCAACCAGCCCCCUCAGCCCAGCCAGCAGCUCAGCAUCACAGUGGGCAUCAACCAGGACAUUUUACAGCAAGCCUUAGAAAACAGUGGGCUGUCUUCAAUUCCAGCUGCAGCGCACGCUCACGACCCCAGCCACGCCAGGACGCCCUCCUCGCAGGGGCCCACCGCGGACACGCCUCACGCCUCAAGUGAGCCGCCCCCCCCCGCCGAUGCAGAGCCAGAAAAAGAACAAGAAAGCCCAGAGAAGUUGGAUAAAAAAGAAAAAAAAAUUCUAAAGAAGAAAUCGCCAUUUCUCCCUGGUUCGAUCCGCGAGGAGAACGGUGUCCGGUGGCACGUGUGUCCCUACUGCACCAAGGAGUUCCGGAAGCCGAGUGACCUGGUGCGCCACAUCCGCAUUCACACCCACGAGAAGCCCUUCAAGUGUCCGCAGUGUUUCCGGGCCUUUGCCGUAAAGAGCACCCUGACCGCGCACAUCAAGACCCACACGGGCAUCAAGGCGUUCAAGUGCCAGUACUGCAUGAAGAGCUUCUCCACGUCGGGGAGCCUCAAAGUGCACAUCCGCCUGCACACAGGAGUCAGACCUUUUGCUUGUCCUCACUGUGACAAAAAGUUUCGGACCUCAGGCCACAGGAAGACUCACAUUGCUUCUCACUUUAAACACACGGAGCUAAGGAAGAUGAGGCACCAGCGUAAACCGGCGAAGGUUCGAGUCGGCAAGACGAACGUUCCGGUCCCUGACAUUCCUUUGCAAGAGCCGAUUCUCAUAACUGACGUAGGUCUUAUCCAGCCCAUUCCAAGAAACCAGUUUUUUCAAAGUUAUUUUAAUAACAAUUUUGUAAACGAAGCAGACAGACCGUACAAGUGUUUUUACUGUCAUCGUGCAUAUAAAAAGUCUUGCCACCUUAAACAGCACAUCAGAUCACAUACAGGUGAAAAGCCUUUUAAAUGUUCUCAGUGUGGAAGAGGCUUUGUUUCUGCGGGAGUGCUCAAAGCACACGUCCGCACGCACACUGGAGUCAAGUCUUUCAAGUGUCUGAUAUGUAACGGGGCUUUCACUACUGGCGGUAGCCUACGGCGACACAUGGGUAUCCACAAUGACCUUCGUCCCUAUAUGUGUCCCUAUUGCCAGAAAACGUUUAAGACCUCGCUAAAUUGCAAAAAGCACAUGAAAACCCAUAGGUACGAGCUCGCCCAGCAGCUCCAGCAGCACCAGCAGCAUCAGCCGGCCGCCCCCCUGGACGACAGCACCGGGGACCAGCAGAGCGUGCACGCCCCGACGCACGUGCAGGUGGACAUUGAGAGUGAGGAGCUGCGGCGGGCGGCCGCGGACACCGCCAACCCUGAGGCCAUGCUAGACCUGGAGCCACAGCAGGUCGUGCGCACGGAGGAUGCGGGGCUCGGCCAGCCGUUGACACACCAGCCUCUGGAAGCGGACGAAGAUGGGUUCGUGGCCCCGCCGCCCGCCCUGCCAGGGCCCGUGGACCAGUUUGAGGAACGGGCUCCAGCACAGUCCUUCGAACCGGCUGGCUUGUCGCAGGGCUUCCCCGUGACGGAUCCGUACGGUCAGCAGACCGCGUUCGCGCCCGUCCAGCAGCUGCAGGACUCGAGCACGCUGGAGUCUCAGGCCCUGUCCGCCAGCUUCCACCAGCAGAGCCUGCUCCCCGUGCCCGGCUCUGACGCCAUGAACGUGACAACUCGUUUGAUCCAAGAGUCGUCCCAAGAAGAACUGGAACUGCAGACCCCACGCCCCGAAUUCCUGGAGGCCGGGGAGGACCAGGGCCGGCGCUCCUACAGGUGUGAGUACUGCAACAAAGGCUUUAAGAAGUCCAGCCACCUGAAGCAGCACGUGCGGUCGCACACUGGGGAGAAGCCCUACAAGUGCAAGCUCUGUGGCCGUGGCUUCGUGUCCUCGGGCGUUCUCAAGUCUCACGAGAAGACCCACACAGGAGUGAAGGCGUUCAGCUGCAGUGUUUGCAACGCUUCGUUCACGACCAACGGCAGCCUCACCAGGCACAUGGCCACGCACAUGGGCAUGAAGCCCUACAAGUGUCCGUUCUGCGAGCAGGGCUUCCGCACCACAGUCCACUGCAAGAAGCACAUGAAGAGGCACCAGGCGGCCCCCUCUGCCGCACCAGCCCCGGGGGAGGCGGACGGAGGAGAUAUGUGUGUGGAGGAAGAGGAGGAAAAUCCCGAGAGAAACCCAUCUCGAAAGGCUCGUCCCGAGGUCAUCACCUUCACAGAGGAGGAGACGGCACAACUGGCCAAAAUUCGGCCGCAGGAAAGCGCGACGGUGUCGGAGCAGGUCCUGGUGCAGUCGGCGGCCGAGAAGGACCGCGUCAGCGAGAUGAAGGACAGACAGGCGGAGCUGGAGGCCGAGCCCAAGUUCGCCAACUGCUGCUCCUACUGCCCCAAGAGCUUCAAGAAGCCCAGUGACCUCGUGAGGCACGUGCGAAUCCACACUGGAGAAAAGCCAUAUAAAUGUGAUGAAUGUGGGAAGAGCUUUACUGUUAAAUCGACCCUAGACUGCCACGUGAAGACGCACACAGGUCAGAAGCUCUUCAGCUGUCACGUGUGCAGCAACGCCUUUUCCACAAAGGGGAGCCUGAAGGUGCACAUGCGCUUGCACACGGGAGCGAAGCCCUUCAAGUGUCCGCACUGUGAGCUGCGCUUCCGCACGUCCGGGCGGAGGAAGACGCACAUGCAGUUUCAUUAUAAACCCGACCCGAAGAAAGCCAGGAAGCCCGUGGCCCGAAGCCCGUCGGAGGCGCUGCAGCCCUUAAACCUGCUCAGCCCGUCAUCCGCCGACCCCAGCGUGUUCGUCAUGAACAACUCUGUCCUGACGGGGCAGUUCGAGCAGAACGUGCUUCCGCAGGGGCUGGUGGGCCAGGCCAUCCUCCCUGCCUCCGUGUCGGCUGGUGGUGACUGGACAGUGUCUUUGACGGACGGGAGCUUGACCAGCCUGGAGGGCAUACAGUUACAGCUGGCUGCUAACUUAGUCGGGCCAAACGUCCAGAUCUCUGGAAUCGAUGCCUCCAGCAUUAACAACAUCACGUUACAGAUUGACCCAAGUAUUUUGCAGCAGACGCUACAGCAGGGCAACUUGCUCAGUCAGCAGCUGCCGGGGGAGCCCGGCCUGGCCUCCCAAAACAGCACCUUGCAGACACAGGACAGCACGGUCCCAGCCAGUGUCGUCAUCCAGCCCAUCUCAGGCCUGUCCUUACAGCCCACGGUGACGUCUGCCAGUCUGACCAUCGGCCCGCUGUCUGAGCAGGACCCCGUGAUGACCACCAGCAGCGGGACUCAAGAUCUCUCUCAGGUGGUGACGUCGCAAGGCCUGGUAUCCACCUCCAGCGGCCCCCACGAGAUCACCCUGACCAUUAACAACUCGAGUCUGAGCCAGGUGUUGGCGCAGGCUGCCGGGCCCGCUGCCGCGUCGUCCUCCGGGUCCCCGCAGGAAAUCACCCUGACCAUCUCUGAACUUAAUGCUACAACUGGAAGCCUGCCUUCGACGACACCCAUGUCUCCGUCGGCCAUAUCUACUCAGAACCUGGUCAUGUCUUCAUCAGGGGCGGGGGGAGAUGCCAGCGUCACGCUGACUCUGGCCGAUACUCAGGGCUUGCUCUCCGGAGGACUGGACACGGUCACACUCAACAUUGCUUCUCAGCAGGGUCAGCAGUUCCCAGCCUUACUCACGGAUCCCUCGCUCUCCGGCCAAGGGGGAGCGGGCUCCCCACAGGUCAUCUUAGUGAGCCACACCCCCCAGCCCUCCUCCGCUGCUGGCGAAGACAUCACCUACCAGGUCACUGACGUCUCUGCCAGCCUGGCCCAGGGCGGGCCGCCCGAGAAGGAGGCCCGGCUGCACCAGUGCGUGGAGUGUGGCCGCGGCUUCGCGUCGGCCGCCAUGCUGCUGCAGCACAGCAAGGAGGUGCACGGCCGGGAGCGCAUCCACGUGUGUCCCGUGUGCAGGAAGGCCUUCAAGCGCGCCACUCACCUCAAGGAGCACAUGCAGACGCACCAAGCCGGCCCUUCCCUCAGCUCCCAGAAGCCCAGAGUGUUCAAGUGUGACACCUGUGAGAAGGCGUUCGCCAAGCCCAGCCAGCUGGAGCGGCACAGCCGUAUCCACACAGGGGAGCGGCCGUUCCACUGCACGCUCUGCGAGAAGGCCUUUAACCAGAAGAGCGCGCUGCAGGUGCACAUGAAGAAGCACACGGGCGAGAGGCCCUACAAGUGUGACUACUGCGUCAUGGGCUUCACCCAGAAGAGCAACAUGAAGCUGCACAUGAAGCGGGCGCACAGCUACACCGGAAGCGUGCAGGAGCCCGUGGCCCCGCAGGAGCCCGGAGCGGAGGAGCUGAGCCGCACCCUCCAGCUGGAAGACGUGGUGCAGGAGGCCGCGAGCGAGUGGCAGGCCUUGGCCGGUGUGUUCUGACGCGCCCGACCCGCCUGGAGGGCCGUCCCUCGCGUCGCGUGUCGCGGAAGAACAGAGCGCUUGGAGUGUCCGUGUUGAAGCUCCAAGUGUCAAGGAUGUCACCACCGCGGUGUUUCAGUUAUAAAAUUAUCUAAGAAUCAUUGUCUUUCAGAGACUGAGAGGAAAAAACCGGGGACGGUGUGAACGCGGUGCCGUCAUUUGUCUACGAAUCAUUGAGCUCAGGUACUACGAUAGGUAGUUUCGCCCUCUACUCGGCGGCCAGUGCAUCUAGUUAAACAGAACUUAACUGGAUCUCACUGCGCCUCGUGGUGUGACGUCUUUGUAUUGGCAAAGACGAAAGUUACCAUGGAAAAAGUAAGAUAGUUUCCUUCAUGCUUUCUGUCGUAAGAAGCAGAGCUUAUAAAACACACAUAAAAUAGGUGCAUGGAGUUCGAAAAAUGUCAGAACACACAGGGAAGUUUUUUCCAUUUCUUUUCCUCUGUGCAUUUCGAAGUUAGAAAUGGACUGUUUUUGGUCUACCGUAAGUUAAUCUAACUAGUUCCUUGAGAGCCGGCUGGACCAGUUCUCUCCGCAUUACGUUUGUCUAAUCAUUAGCUACAGGAACACAGCAUCGGGGCAGAAACCUGGGGGGCUGUAAACCCGACACCGAGAAGGAUUAAACCGUCCUCACGGGAGGGGCCGCACUUGCUUCUUUAGUCGACAUCCAGGUACGCGGGUUAGACGGUUGCAGAAAGCACAAGCCAUACGUCACAAGCAGGGAAGGGCAGAGCUGGCUCCCGGGAGUGAGGGUGCCGUGGCCCUGCCCACCCCGACGCCUGAGAGGUGCGUUUGUAGAUUAAAGGUAAGGACCGUACGAGCCCCGUGACUUUCUCUUCACGCAUAAGCAGGUGUAUUUUUUAUUUCAGGGAAUUCUUUACUAUCAUCAAUGGUGCCACAUUGAACACGUCCCAAACCAAAUCCCACCCCGUGCGGGGGGCAGUGUGUGUUGCUCCUACAGCAUUCCAAAGAUGGAAAGUUCUUUACUUCAUGUGAAUCUCUCCUUCAAAGUUAUUUAUAUGUUCUAUAUAUAAAUACAUAUGUACAUACGCAGAUAUAUGGGCCUCUGUGUGGCUGAACAGUAUAUUUUGUAAAUAGAAGCUCUAGUCCCCAGAUUCCAGAGAGAGCGUCAGAGUUUUUAGCUCCCUGCGAGCACUUCAGAUCAGUAUUGUAUUCGUUAUAUUCACAAAUGGGUAUCUUUUCAUUGUAACAUAAAGGUGGGGUUGCUUUGCUUUUGGUUUUUUCUUCCUGAAAAAUAAUUGCUUUUAUUUUCUCUCAUUGCCUCCCUGGUUUCAGAAGAGAGAAGUUUUAUUAUAAAUAUUGUAUGGACUUUGUAUAUUAAGAGACGGGCUCAUUUCAGAUUCCUGAAGAAAGAGACAUUCUCACUGUUAUUUUUUCAAAGGGCAUCUUUUGAUUUUUUUUUUUUUGUUGUUGUUCACUUUGGGCAUAUGUAUAUAAGUAAUAUUGAUGGUGAUAUAAAAACUUUUGUUAUGUGAAAAUAUUUAAGUCAGAAAACUGUUAAAUAAUAUUACUUUUUUUUUCAAACUGCUUUGUGUAUUGUAUAUUUUUUUAAGGAAAAAAAAAAAGCCUUAUUUGACUUAUUCUUGUGAUACUGGACUUCUAUAUCCUGAGGUUCUCCUUGAAUGUCAUUGUGUACCGGCAGUAGUCCAUAUAUUCAGAAUAAUUGUAAUUGUGCCAGAGUUUUAAAGAUUCUGCUUUUAAUGCACUUUUCUUUUAUAAUUUUGUAUUAAAAUAUUUUAGAAAUGUUGAUUAAUUUUGGUGAACAGAGACCUCCAAAGUUGAAAUUAUUGCAUUUGAAAAAUUUUGUUCUCGCUAGGUUAUUUAUUUUGGUUGUAGCAUUAAAUGUCAUCUCUCAGGACAGUGUCUAAAAGGGUUUGAUUCCUACUUGUACAGAAAGCGUAGUUCAGUGAACUGUAUCGGUGAAUUGCCUGUUUACGUAAGGCCUUACCAGGUGAAUCUAAAGCCUACUUUUAUUUUCGUCAAAGAAAAUGAGGAACAAUCUAUCAAUAAUUCAUUUUGUGAGUUUUCUCGAUUUAUUAACUCCGCAGGCAAACACAAGACAUUAAUAUAUUAUUUUUAUUUACUUCCUAGUUAUAAAAGCUGCUUCUUUGCAAAACAUUCCUUGAAAAUAUAAGGUUUUGUAAAGACAUAAUUUCACUUGAACCUUUGGUGGAGUACAGGUUGAUCUUUAUAUUUUACUGGUUAAUAAAUGUCUUCUGACAAGAGAUUUCUAGCCUCCUGCAUAACCAGGGUUUUGAGAACAGAUAACUGUAUUUUUAGAAAUAUCUCCUCAUAGCGUACCUGCUUUGGAAUAACAAUAAAUAAAAAAUGAAGUUAGGAA